AUGCAGGACCUUCGGGAUGCGUUUCUCCCGACCCUGAGCCAGGAGCACGCAUCAGCUCCGCUUGACAACGAGAUUCGGAAUGUUGAGGUGCAAAUGACGGAGGAUCAGGAUAUGGACGGUGAGGAUGUCUCUGUAGCCGCCGCGGUCCUGGACGACAGCGGCCCUCUGCGACCGCUUGACCCCAGUAUACCUGGGGUGAUCAAGCCACGGCCGUACCAGCAGGAAAUGCUGCAGGAGAGCUUGAAGAGGAACAUCAUUGUUGCUAUGGACACAGGCUCUGGAAAGACACACAUUGCGGUGAUGCGAAUGCAACAUGAAAUUGAACGCUCGUCCCCCAACCAAAUCAUCUGGUUCCUAGCCCCUACGGUUGACCUAUGCGAUCAGCAAUUCGCAUACAUCCAGUCCCAGAUUACCGCGGUGCAAAGUAAAUUCCUCCGGGGCGAUGAUGGGGUUGAUCGCUGGACGGAACAGACGCAUUGGAAUGCCGUCCUCAAAAAUGUCAAAAUCGUCGUGUCGACCUACCAGAUUUUGCUCGAUGCACUCAGCCAUGGCUUUGUAAGUAUGGAGACGUUGGCUCUGAUCGUAUUUGAUGAAGCCCACAAUUGUGUCAAGAGCCAUGCCGGAGCAAAGAUUAUGACAAACUUUUACCACGGACGCAAGGCUUCAAAUCUUGGUGUUCCUCGCAUCCUUGGACUAACAGCUUCUCCGGUUAUGCGGUCAGAUCCCAGAUCGCUAGUAAAGAUUGAGGAGGUACUAGACGCAAUAUGUAGGACACCCAGCAAGCAUCGCUCUGAGCUACGACUCCAGGUGAAGCUGCCCAAACUCGUGACAGUGCUCUAUCAGACUGCUCCUCAAGCAGGCUCUGAGGGCCACACGAAGACUAUGAAGACCCUUGAGGACGCCUUCUCGAACAUGGAGGUCACUGCAGAUCCCUGGUACCUCUAUCUGUCGAAGGAUACUUCGGAAAAAGGACGGAAAAAGUUUGACAGACUGAGAAUUAAUCACAAUACUUGGUGUCAUAGUCAGAUGAAGUCAUUUCAUACUACAGCUACAAAGAUCCUUCGGGAUCUGGGAGCUUGGGCUGCAGACUAUUAUGUUUCUCAGGUUAUACGGAAGCUUACCAAAGUCGCAAAUGGAUCCGCAACCCACACUGACCUCUCGGACAUGUCCAAAGCCGAAAAAUUGCAUCUCACGAAGGUGCUACAGCAAGUAGAGCUAUCGCAAAGGUCAUGUUUGGGCUUUGAAGAUUUACAUUUACUGAGCGAUAAGGUAACCAAGCUAAUUGACGUUCUUUUGAAUGAGCCGGCCAGCUUCUCAGGCAUUGUAUUCGUUCAGGUGAGAGAUCUUGCUACCCUCGAUCGCCAGUCGAUGAAAACUUAUCUUACCACAGGAGCGAGCGACAGCAGUCAUCCUGCACCAUCUGAUAUCGGUACACCCCUCGUGCGUGCCCGGGUUCGCAAUAUCUCAGACCUCAUCGAUCUGAACGAGCAGAAGCACACACUUUCGAGGUUCAAAUCAGGUCAGAUCAACCUUGCUAUCGCCACAAGUGUGCUUGAGGAAGGUAUAGACGUCCCCGCGUGUAAUACGGUCAUCUGCUUCCAGGCGCCUGCAAAUAUCAAGUCAUUUGUACAGAGACGAGGGCGUGCCAGGCAUCGCGAUUCUAGGCUAGUACUUCUAUCCGACUAUGCCGACGGGAAGGUUGUCGAGUGGAAAAAGCUCGAGGAAGAUAUGCGCAAAAUGUACGAGGAUGAGAGGCGAACUCUGCAGAGUUUACUGCUUGCAGAGGAUAGUGAAGAAGACGAUGGGAGAGUUUUUAGGGUGGAGACAACUGGUGCCUUGCUGGAUAUGGACAAUGCGGUAGCACAUCUUUAUCACUUCUGCGCGAAGAUACCGCAGUCAGCCUAUGUCGAUCGGCGGCCCGAAUUCACAUGCUGCGAGGAAAGUGGUUUGAGCCGAGCGGAAGUUGUGCUACCCCUCUCGGUGGAUCAGACUGUAAGGGUAGCGCAGAGUCUCCGACCUUGGCAGAGCGAGAAGAAUGCCAUAAAGGAUGCAGCUUUUCAAGCAUACAUCGCCCUUUACAAGGCUGGUCUUGUGAACGAUAAUCUGCUGCCAAAUUUGGGCAUCGAUAUUGUCCCACAUGAUCUUAGAUCUUCUGCGAAUGGCGAUUCACGAGCAUCGUUAGAAAAAGUUAAGGAGCAGUAUAAUCCUUGGAGAGACUUUGCAUAUGCGUGGAGGAGUGCUGAAAAAUGGUACCAGUACACGGUUCGCUAUCAAGACCUCGAUUUUGCCAUGCUGGUACCUGCGCCUCUGGCAGUCCGGAAAAUUGAACCAAUAACGCUGUACUGGGAUCGAACUACAGCAUUCAAUCUCCACUUUAACUCGAAUUCCUAUCCCGCAAUUCCAGAGGCUCUACCGAUCGGAACAGAGCAUACAUGGGCUCUCUUGAAAUCUGCCUUUGGGUCUCGAUUCCAGGUCGAGAAAAAACCAUUUGCGUUACAAUUUGUCGUAGACUAUGGGACACCUCUUAUUGACUUAAUGGGUGUCAAGGAUACUCAACCGUAUGAGCUGGGCCCUUCCUCGGGCCUCAUCAGAGACAAAGAUGAUAGGAAUGUCGCCUACUUGUUCCAGGAAUUACUGCCAGGCAAGCCAGAUAUUAACCUGGUACAAAAGCCUUAUCAAGACUACGAGGACAGUACAGACUCACCCCACGUAUCGGUCACAAGACUUCCUAGCCGUUCGGAUUUCUUCCGUAAACCACCGCCAACGAACGACGCUCCAUCAAAAAAGCCAUACUCAACGGUCCUUCCGCUAACGAGGUGCACGGAAGAUAAGAUGCCCCGAAUCCUGUACCAAUUUGGCCGUUUCAUACCUUCGAUCAUGUACCGGUUGGAAAAAUCAUUCCUUGCAACGCUGUUGACGAAGACGAUCUUGAAAGAUAUCCAGAUUCAGGACCUCAACGGGAUUGUGACCGCAAUUACAGCAUCUAGCGCUUCUGAUGAGAGCCAUUACGAAAAUAUCAAGUACGAAGCGAAUUACCAGCGCUUGGAAUUCCUUGGAGAUACGAUUCUGAAGAUGUGUACUUCGAUUCAGCUUAUGGCUCAAUAUCCACUGUGGCAUGAAGGCUACCUUACUGAGCUAAAAGGCCGCAUUGUCAGUAACUCGUGUCUGUACGCAGCUGCAAUUGAAAAUGGGCUCGAUAGAUUUAUCAUCACGAAGAAGUUCAGUGGCCACAAGUGGCGACCGACUUAUGUCGAUGAUUUGCUGGCGAUGGGAACCGACCACGUAGACAAACCACGAACGAUGUCCUCAAAGAUACCGGCAGAUGUCGUGGAGGCUCUGAUUGGAGCUUGUUAUGAAGAUGGUGAAAUGGGGUUUGAAAAGCCACUGCAGUGUCUCAAGAUCUUCAUACCUCGAAUCGAUUGGCAGCCUCUUGCGCAGAGCCAGUCCUUGCUGUUCCAACGAGCUCCCAAUGUCGAAUUACCCCAAACCUUACGAAUACUGGAAGACAUGCUGGGGUAUGAAUUCAAUAAUAAAGGUCUCUUGGUAGAAGCAGUGACACAUGCGUCAUAUAAUCUUGGUUCGGCCUCACUGGAACGUCUGGAAUUCCUCGGGGACGCGAUCCUCGACUAUUUGGUGGUUGAAAGACUGAUGCAGACAGAAGACGGCACAUUCAUUUCCCACGUUAAGAUGCACCUCAUACGUACAGCUCUCGUCAAUGCAGACAUACUGGCGUUCUUAUGCAUGGAAUUCCACACCACGCAAGAGGUCAUCGAUUUGGAGAUUCAACCCGACGGCGGUUCUCCUCAGGAGAGGCCUAAAAUGGCUACCUUGCCACUGUGGAAAUUCAUGCGCCACACAAGCUCUGCUAUCGCAGCAGAGCAACAGGUGGCCGCCGAGCUCCACGAUCUUCUAGCCCCCAAGAUCCGCGAUGUGUUCGACAGUGGAAAGAACUAUCCCUGGGCGCUGCUCGCUAGGCAACAAGCUCCCAAGUUCUUUUCUGACCUGGUCGAGUCUUUGAUUGGUGCCCUGUACGUAGACUCCGGCCUUGACGCCUGCCGUCAAUUCCUCGAGCGGCUCAAGAUCUGGAGCAUCUACCGCAGAUUGCGGUUCGGGGCCAUGGAGGUUUACAAUCCGAAAGAGGAGCUCGGUAUCUUGGCCGCUGCUGAGCGAGUAGAGUACAAGUUGAGCACAGCACCGGACACACCAGAAGGAGAGGAAAGCCGAGGACUGGUGUGUAGGGUCUUUGUCGGCGAACGCGAGAUUGCCUGUGUGCAGGACGGCGUCAGUAGAAUCGAGAUUGAAACGAGAGGCGCCGAGGAGGCGGUGCGUAUCUUACGUGCGGAGAGACCAGGGGACAUCUCAGGCGUGGAACAAGAUGUGGAUCUGCCCGAGUUGACGGAGGGGGAUGUAGUUAUGGCGGGGACAGACUCCUAG